GGAAAGGGAAGAAAGGCAAGGCAGAAAACCCACCUGCAAUAUAGGAAUAUUUAAAUUUGCCACCCCGAAGUAGAGGAGCUUGCUCAAGAAGCGAGGGCCAGAUCCCUCGAUUCUUCUUCCUCCUCUCCUAGAAAGAAGAGAGGGAUUAGAGAUCCGUGCCUGCAAUUUAAUUUGAUUCAGUUCGGUUCGACUCAAUCGAUAUGGUGGUGGUGGAAGAGGAAGAGGCUGCUGUGGGCGUGGACUUCCUGGAGUGGCUGGGGCCGGACACCUCCGCCAUCGUCUUCACGCUGCUCCGCGAUCCCGCCGACCUCGCCAACGCCUCCGCCGUCUCCCGAUCAUGGCGCACUCUCGUCAUGGCGGUUCACUUGAGCAAGAUACAGUGCCUGCGAGCUUGUCCCGAGGUCUCCAGCUUCACCCGUAUUGAACAAGUAAUAACUUCUGCCAAUUGUAGCAAUUAUGGAAUAAACGAAGAUGCUGGAGCAAAUGCUGCUGCUGCUGCUUCUGCGUUGGAGAACCACAAGAGAGAUCACAGGGUUUACAUGCAUCUCGCUCACGCUCUUCUCUCCCCUUACACUAGCAAGGACUGCAUAGCUCGCUGCAUAGGCGCAUCCAGCACCGAUAAUUUCCCACAAGAGAGAAUACAAAAUACCCUUGAGCCGAGGGACCAUGUGCAUAUGAUGCCAUCUUAUUGGUCCAGUGGGGGCCAAAGCAAUCCCAGCGUCCCGGAAUGUCUUGUAUACAGGCUUUGCUCAGAUCUAUGCCUCAUUGAUGAAAUCAAGAUACGGCCAUUUAAAGCGUUUUUCCAACAUGACCAUCCGAUAUAUUCGGCACAGUACGUUCGCUUCCGGAUGGGCUGUCCAAAGUCACCUCUACAACCUGAAGAUCUUGUAUCCGAUGAGAACGAAGGGCAGCUGACCGCUGACGACAACUAUAUCUGGACUUACACAUCUCCAGAAUUCCCAAUGUUGCAGGAGAAUGUUUUGCAAACUUUUAAGCUACCACGCUCAGUUUUAUGCAUUGGCGGAGUAGUGAAGAUUGAACUUCUCGGGAGGAUUCAAAAACAGGAGGAGGAUGGUUUGUACUACAUAUGCGUGUCCCAUGUCCAAAUGUUGGGGAAUCCGCUGUCGCGGGAGUUAGGGGUAACUCCUUGUGAGAAUGGUCUAGUCCUCAAGUACUAUCUGGAUCCUGAAUCAUCAAGAGAUGACGGUCGCAGCCGAUCCAAAUGGCACAGCUUUGAAGCGAGAUUCUGGCAGGCAUUAACUGGUCAAAUAAUUGGAUUGAAUGAAGAGCUGCUGAGCAGGCUGUUGGGCCCUCCAUUGCAAUUCGUGACGGAAGAGGACGAUGAAUCGGAGGAGGGCACUUGCCCCUUACCUUAGAAGGGGCUCUGGCAUGCAGCAUGUUAUGUCGCAAGCAACUUUAUACCUGAUAGGUCCUGAGAAGCCUGUUCAGUUUGUCGGCUUGUACUUGCAUUGUGCAGCUCUUCAGUCAUUUAGUCAAGAAGAUUACCGAUUUUGGUUGCUUUCUAAAGGUACAAUAACAAGGUAGACAUUAUCUUCUUACCUGAGGAAUUUUAUUCAAGACUAUUUAUAUAGCAAUAUCAGGACUGUGGAGGAUAUGUUGUCUUUUUCUUAGCUAUCAUGAAUCAAGCAGUUUACACUAGCAGUGUGUUUAUCAAUGGGGCUCAUCAGGUGCUCCUUCAUUCCUGAAGGUGAUUGUGUGCACCGUCCACACAAAGCCAAUUUAGUUUAUGUGUAUUUCUAGCGAAUAUGGCUGAUUGUUCUUUUGUAAUUUUCGUGAGUUCUGAACUUUGCAUUGGCUUGUUCUACCUUCUGAAUGGUUACAUUACUUGUGUCGUAGAGAAAUAAAAGCAUAUGUAACUUAUUCUUAACAUUCUUUGGCCCCCAUUGGGCACGGUUGGAAUAUUCGUUAUUAGAAAAUGUGGUAGAUGAUUUGGACUACAGAUGUUGUUGUACUCUGCAGUUUUUGUAACAUAAUAAUUUAUCUUUCUAUAUAGUGCAGACAUUAGCCACACU